ACUAUUUUACCUCCCCACCCAUUCAUAUUCGUAACACUUCUGAGCCGACUUAAGAAUGUGUGCAUUUUGAAAUUGUCGUGUAAAACCAAGUUGUUAAUAUUUAGCCGAUCGGCCACUAAUUCUCGGCUUACAAAAAGGUAUUUAUUUUUCGUGUUAGUUUUCUUGGAUUAAUCUCUUAUCUCUUAUCUAAUGAUAUGCAAUAGUCAUUAGUCCAUGCUGAAGGACAUAGCGUGAGGAAGAAAUGAUAUAACUUUUGAUCAAAAAACUAAUUACCAAACCCUCGCACCUCUUUCAUAACACUAACAAAUCUCUGGAUAUGAUCCGGUAUAAAUUACGACGCCGAGUGAGGUACAUCAUCCUCAUUCGUUGCUUCAGCCACCAUUUCGUAUCCGCAUAACAUCAAAAAAGCCAUGCAGGCCGCCGGUUCCCUAGGGAAACGCCGUCGUCGCAACCUCGCCAAAGUUACUGGCAUCGGCACAAUUGGAUACCAAGAAAGCUCUGACGUUUUCAAUAUCCAGCAAAUUUAUGGAGGCGACCUCGGUAUCAACAACUUGCUGAAGGAGCAAUCUCCCCAACACGGGUCGCCAGACCCUCCAAUACGAAUGGGGAAUAAUAUCCGUCCAACCCGCAUUCCAGACCUUUCAUAUGAUGUCAAGGAGGGCGGGGGCGGAAUGAGACCCGAGACAAGUUAUUCGCCCAGGAGAAGCCCCUCCACCCCAAUGGAAGAAGAGCCGCACGCGCCACCAGGUUACCUUGGAUCAGCCAAGGCGGAGAGGCCUUGCCUCCUCAGCACAAAUGCGGUCAACCGCCUGCGCCAAGUGUGCAUAGCUGGUGCUCUAACCUGGGCAUUACCAUGGUGGUAUGAUCAUAAAUCGAGACGAGUUAAACUCUGCAGUCCGGGCGUACUAAGGGUGUGGUCAAUGGUUUGGUGGGUUUUUGUCGUGCAAAACACAUCCCUCACAGGCUACCAGUUUUACGCCUUACUCACCCGAGUGCAGCUGGACAACGGGAGCUAUCGCCCCGUCUUUAUGAACUCCUUGUCCCUUUGUUGGUACCUCUACUCCAUCUCGCUCAACACUGUGAUGCACCUGUACAGGGAGAAAUUCCGGUGUUAUAUUAACACCCUGCUCGCCUUCAACGAGAAAAACGUUGAACGGUUUGUGAUUACCUUGGAUGGAUUAGGAGACCACGGGCAGUCCAUCUUAAGACUGGCCGUACCCGCGAAUUUUAUUCAGCUCGUGCUCUGUGUAUUACUCUAUCUUUUCAUGCCAUACCAGCCCUGGUAUCUCACGAGCUAUAUCUACUCUUCCGACAACCCCAAGUGGUGGCUCGUUCCAGGCGCUUUUCAUGAAUGGAUCAUGGCUGGGCAGACCGUGUCCGUCUUCUGUCUCCUCGCUUGGAUCACGGUAGCCCAUGUCAACUGUGUCGAAUUUUGGUUAAUGGAGGCGCACCAGAACAACGAAACCGGUUAUACUAUCAACCAAUUGCGUGAGUCGUACACGGCCAUCGAACUCUACCGCUCACUCCAAGUGCUUACUUCCGUUCUAAACGAAUGUAUCUCUCCACUCGCCUUUCCUGUCAUGAAGCUUACCAACUGGUCGGUGGUCGUGUCCUGCGCCUACGUCAUGAUCCGUUCCAUGAACCACAAGUUUAUCGAGGAUUUUCCAGCCAUCCUGACCUAUCCAUUUGGUGUGAUUGUAUGUGGCUCAUGCGGGUAUGGAAUGCUGCAAGUCUCCGCGGAAAUGUUUGAUAUUGCCACCUCCUUCUUGAACUCGUGGUGCCAAACGAGACACAAGGAUUUCAGGAGGGUCCUCACAUCAUGCUCUACCAUCCGCAUUUAUGUCGGCUCGUUCUAUUUCGUCACCAUUUCCACCACAAUCACCUUCACAAAAAUAACCUUCGACUACAUUAUCGACUGCAUUAUUACAUUCCCAUGAAAACGAGGUGGAUCAAGUAUCCUGCACUUGGACAAGUAUUUAUUCAUAUCCUUACAUACUAAGCUUAAAUACUUAAAUGCCGGCACACAAUUUGUAUAUAAUCACACAUAUAUCUUGCAGAAAAUAAGUUGACUUUUUUUAUUUACACAUUCAUUGUAUCCGUCCCAAUAUAAAAUUCCUUACAAAAAAAUGGUUUGAAUUGGUUAGCAAUUGAAUUUUUCUGUAGCAUUUAGAAUCCUCAUACACAAUUGCAUAAAUGAC